UCCACAGGUAAAAGCCAAAACAACCAGCCCCGGGACAGAAACAGCCAGAGCGCAGCGUGUGCCGUUUGUUUUUGCGCACAGAGCGAGGAUACUGGGUGAAAGAGCCGCGAUGCUUCUCCAGAGCCGAGCCGUGUUUGCGUUUGGCCGUCGCUUGUGCUCCAGUCAGGCCGGGACCGUGACGGACGCCGCGAGACCGAGCUCCAACAUGACCGAGUUCCGUCAGGUUUUCUCCAAAGCAAACCGCAUCGCCGUCGUCACCGGAGCCGGAGUCGCAGCGGCGAGCGGCGUCCCGACCUUCCGAGGGAAACACGAGACAUGGAGGAAGUGGAAAUCUCAGGACUUGGCGACCCCUGAGUCCUUCUCCCGUCAUCCGUCUCGUGUCUGGGAGUUCUUCCACUACAGACGAGAGCUGGUGACGGGCAGGAAGCCCACGGCGGCUCACUACGCCAUCGCCGAGUGUGAGGCUCGACUCCGCGCUCAGGGGAGGGAGCUGGUCGUCAUUACGCAGUGUAUCGACGACCUGCACCUGGACGCCGGCUCCAAGCACGUGCUCAAGAUUCACGGGAACCUGAUGGAGACUCGGUGUGUGAGCUGUGGCCACGUUCACACAAACAAACACAGCCCCAUCUGUGCAGCUCUGAGGGGCACAGGCUCACCUGAGCCGAACGUGCCUGACGCUGACAUUCCUGCGCACAAACUGCCCAGGUGUGAGAAACGCGACUGUCACGGUCUGCUGAGACCCAACGUGGUGUUUUUUGGAGAGACUCUUGAUUCACACGUUUUGACCAAGGUGGAAAAAGAGCUGGAGGAGUGUGAUCUGUGUUUAGUGGUCGGGACGUCUUCCAUCGUUUACCCGGCCGCCAUGUUUGGUCCCCGCGUGGCGUCGAGAGGCGUCCCCGUCGCCGAGUUCAACCUGAGUCCAAGCCCCAAGACGGAAUAUUUCACGUAUCAUUUCUCAGGGCCGUGUGAGAAAACGCUGCCUGCAGCUUUGGCGUCUCUUCAGUGAGAAAUACUGACUCCUGUCUAAUGCAAUACAGUCCUAAGGGAUUACUCCAAAUAUCUGCCUUCAAAUCAUCUCACGUUUACGCUUUAAGUAGGAAAGAACCAGACGUAGCUGUGGUCAAAGGCGAGUGCUUCGUCCUAACUGUGGGAUCAUGUAACUGGAUGUAGUUAUUCUGAUUAUUUUACAUGUUUCAUUUACGCUGCUGAAUAUUCUAAUGCUUAAAGGGUAACGCGCAGUACGUUUAUGCAAAUAUAGUAUUGUAGAGUUAAGUUUUUAGUUUUGGUUUUGGGACUUUUUUUGUUUCCAAGGGGCCCUGACAUCUCGUGCCUUUCCAACCAAACAGUUUACACCGACAUAACUGAAUGUUGGUUUAUACCUCCAGUCAAUAUGUUACAUUCCAGAGUUUGCUACUGACCAAGGACAGAACGGAAGGGCAUCUGAGUCACUCUUUUCUAUCUGGUUACACACUUCUGUCUGUUUGAUAUUUGAAAACACAGGGGGAUCAUGUUUUUUUUUACAAAGUAUUACCACGUACAGGGCGUCCAUUUAGUCUUUUUUACAGUUUAAAUCGAUGUUACAAAGGCAGUUUAUCAGACGUAAUACUCAGACUUCUGCUCUUUUACUUGAGUAUUUUUGGCUCCAAUAUCUGUACUUGUACUUAAGUGAUAAAACGGAGUACUUCUUCCACCACUGCAGUACAUACAUUACCGUAUUUUCCGGAGUAUAAGUCAAAAAAUGCAUAAUAACGAAGAAAAAAAACGCAAGAGACAAGACAUUACUGCAUUUCUUGGCGUGUUUAUGGUCCAAUCGCUUUUGUAUCUUUUGUUUUUGUUCAGUAAUGUCCCGUGUCUUUGUUCAAAACGCGAUAUCUUUAACGUCGCUGCGAAGAAACAUGAUACACACUGUGCGUUCGCUUGCGGUUUAUUCAAAAAGGGACGCGGUUUUAAUCAGCAACUCGCCUGAAAAACAAAAAUGCAACGUGAUUAAAAACCUCUACAACCACAAAGUACAAUCUAUCUUAUCGUUUGUCUUUGUAAUUACAUGUUUAAUUCUAAAAAGACUCUAUGGACGCUCUGUAGACUGAACAAGCGUGUAGCGUUAUGACCACAGUGUAACGUAAAAACUCCUCACUAAACCGGUGCUUUGAGGGAAGGUUUUUGUGUUAAUGGGCCGUUGUUUCGUUGUGUAACUGGUGUAGGUCGUUUUAUACUCAUGUAAUGCAGUCUGUACAUUCUCUUUUAACAUUCAAAAAGCACAAUCCUAAAUCCUAUGCUGAAAUGUUCUCUCAGUACUUUUGAAAUUAAACACUAAAGCAGUU